UAUCGCAUGCGAUAUCGCAUACGAUAGCAGAAAUGAUAUUCUUGAAUGAGAUGCAUCGCAUGCGAGAAAAUAUCGAACGAUUCAUACCGAGUGGUAUAACCCAUGCGAUAUGCAAGUCGCAUACGAUAAAUCUAGUAAUAAAAGCGCUGUUUUCGACAAAAAAUGAGGUUAUACAAUGUGAGUGAGGUGAAUUAAAUUAAUUGUUUUGCAAUGAAUAUGGCAUAUCAAAAUGCUGUGCAACUUUAUAUCGCUGAACAAUUGGAAAAUAUUUUCGAUUAUAAUGAAAGACUGCGUUUUCACAUAAGGGAUGAUCCAUUUGAAUUAUCAGAACGACAAUUCAUAAAUCUUUUUCGAUUGAAAAAAGAAACAGCAAACAGACUUAUUAAUAUUGUGGAAGACAAUUUUGUAGAACCAUCACGAUCUUCAGCUUUGGACGCGACAAGUUUUAGUUGCAUUACACUUUUAUGGAUCAGGCAGCUAUCAGAAUUGCAUAGGAAAAAAUAUUCACAUCGCUAUUAGUCAACCUUCGGUUAGCAGAUGUGUUCGAAAUGUGACUAACAUUCUUAAUUUACCAGAAAUAUUCAACGAUUGGGUGUAUUUUCCUAACACCUUUCAGAAGCUGCAACAACUACGUAACAAUACCAGUCAUUAAUUUAUUCCGUUCCUUUAGUGAAUGUAUAUAGGAUGUGUAACACAUUCUAUAGAAACUUGCUAGGGAAACGAAACGAAUUAAUGACAGACAGUGUACAUGUAUAUAGAUUUUGGAUUAAUCAUCGUUUUCCUGGAGCGAUUGGUUGUAUAGACUGCACUCAUGUUGUAAUUGUUUCACCUCCUAAAGAAGAUUAGAAUUAUCCUGAACAUAUAUACAUAAAAGGAUAUCAUUCUAUUAAUGUACAAUUGAUAUAUGAUUCUGAUCUCAGGAUAAUGAAUGUUAAUGCCAGAUAUCCUGGAAGUAUUCACGAUUCGUAUAUCUGGAAUAAUAGUAAUGUUCUUCCUUGUUCUUAUGCAAGAUAUUUACAAUCGUGGACACAGCUUUUUUUUAUUAGGUGAUUCUGGUUAUGCUCUUAGACCUUGGAUGAUGACUCCAAUAAUGGACAAUAAUCCUAAUAUUGGAACAAGAAGAUACAAUGAUCGGCAAAAGAGCACUAGAUCACUUAUUGAACGUUGCAAUGGUGUCUUGAAGAUGAUAUUUCGUUGCUUGUUGAAACAUAGAAUUUUACAUUAUCGACCAGAUGUAUGCUUAAAAAUUAUCAAUGCUUGUACCGUGUUACAUAAUAUGUGCAUUCACGACAACGUGCCUUUACCCGAAGCAGAUCAUGAAAUAUUGGAUUUUGGUAUGAAUGUUAUAGAUGGUGUAAACGAACCCGGGAUAGAUAUGUUAAAUAGAAAUAACGAACUGAUAGCUGGACGAAGAAUUCGCAAUAAUCUAAUAAGACAAUAUUUCCCCUGACAAUAUUUUGUACUUUUUACACAUGUAUUAUAUAUACACAUAUUUGUA